CCUUGGCACAGUGACAUUAUCCUUCAUCCUCCAGAUAAGACAGCAGAGAGGGAGGCCCUAAUACCAGACCAAGGUCUACUAACACGUCUGUUAUCACAGGGAGAUGGAGAGCUUAUGAAACUGGAAACAAACUCAAUAGACACCUAAACCAUCUUUUUAAAACCAUCCCAUAACAGACAUGUCCAGUGUGUUGCUCUAGAAUCUUGAGCUGUUCAAAAUGUCACAAAACCACCUGCAAUCACAUACAUUUGGCAGUUUAUGAGAGGAUAAAACUACUUCAAGAUAUGCUACUCAUGACAAAACUGAUCCUAAUGCAGAUCCGGAUUAGGUUUAAAAUCUGAAAUAAAUGACACAGUGUGAAUAUAUAGAUGUUUUAUAGAGCAUGUAGAGAAUCAGUGGCCAAGCCUGUCAAAAUAAACCAGCCAGAGCCACUAAAUCUGAUAAACUGACUCUGGUCAGUUUAUCACUGUCAACAGGGGACAAAAACAAAUUGUUAGUCAGAUGUCGCCUUGACAUUCAAGUCUUCUGUUUUCCAUGGCUGGUCUGUGACCUGUAGCCUUGGCAGCCGUCCUUGGCAGAUACUGGGAAAUAAAACAUCCCUGUCCUCCCUCCCUCCCUCUCUUGCGUAUGCCUGCCUGUAGACCUUGCCUCACUUCUUACCCCAGAGUGGCAGUUACCGGCACUUCUAGCACAUUCCCUCAGGCUAGAAAAAGGGAGUUUUCAGAGACGGGAGAGGGGUGUUAAGUUAGUGUCUGCCAUGCCCUCGGGAUAGCAGAGGAGUUUUAGGACGGGACAAAGUCCGGAGCAUUGGUCAUUCCCAGUGCUUAGGAAAGGGAGUUUUCUGAAAGGGGUAGUAGUUUCAGAUUUUGGACUGGGCCAUGUCUCUGCAAGGUGAUGUAUGUGUGGUGACAGGAGCCUGUGGGUUCCUGGGAGAGAGGCUGGUACGGCUGCUGCUGGAGGAAGACAAGCUCACAGAGAUCCGUAUGCUGGACAUAAAUGUCCGACCACAACUCAUACAGUGUCUGGAAGAGAUCAGAGGGGACACGCUGGUAAGUGUAUUUGAGGGGGACAUUAGUGAUAGUGAGCUGCUGAGGAGAGCGUGCAAGGGAGCAUCGCUGGUCUUCCACACUGCGUCCCUCAUUGACGUCACCGGGAAGGUGUUAUACAGUGAGCUUCACAGGGUCAACGUCAAAGGAACCCAGCUCCUUCUGGAGACGUGCGUCCAGGAGAAUGUGGUGUCCUUCAUCUACACCAGCAGCAUCGAGGUGGCCGGCCCCAACGCCAACGGAGACCCCAUCAUCAACGGUGAUGAGAACACACCCUACACAUGCUCCCUAAAGUUCCCCUACAGCAAGACCAAGAAGGAGGCCGAGCAGGUCACCCUGCAAGCCCAGGGUGAGGUGCUCCAGAAUGGGGGCCGGCUUGCCACCUGCGCCCUCCGACCCAUGUACAUCUAUGGAGAGGGCUGCCGUUUCCUGCUGGGCCAUAUGGGAGACGGGAUUCGGAACGGGAAUAUGUUGUACCGGACCUCCCGCCCGGAGGCGCAGGUGAACCCUGUAUACGUGGGGAAUGCGGCCCUGGCCCACCUCCAGGCCGCCCGUGCCCUGCGAGACCCCCAGCGGAGAGCCGCCAUCGGAGGGAACUUCUACUACAUCUCAGAUGACACGCCGCCUGUCAGCUACUCUGACUUCAACCAUGCUGUGUUGUCGCCGCUGGGCUUCAGCAUCCAGGAGAAGCCUAUCCUGCCCAUUCCAGUCCUCUACCUUCUCUGUUUUCUCAUGGAGAUGCUGCAGAUACUGCUCUGCCCCUUCAAGCGCUUCACACCGCCCAUAAACCGGCAGCUCCUCACCAUGCUGAACACGCCCUUCAGCUUUUCCUAUCGGAGGGCUCAGAGGGACAUGGGGUACGCUCCACGGUACAGCUGGGAGGAGGCACGCAAGCGGACCAUGGAUUGGGUGGCUUCCCAGUUACCCAAGGAGAGAGAGAGAAUAAAGGUUAAAUAAUUGCCCCACGAUCUGCUAAUAACACAUAACAUAUAGCUCACCAUCCCCAGUCCAAGUGUCUAAUCCUCAUUACUGCACUCUGUAAAAGUUGAUAUUAAAGUUGUGUGAAAACCAA